AUGACUCAGUCAGAAGUAGAACAACAACAACACGACCCUGCAGAAGGAUCUUAUCACGAAUCCAUGAGUGUAGAUGGACAAGCUGAAAUCGAGGCUGAAGAAGAGGAAGAUAUUUUAAAUGGACCAUUGUUAAUCGAACAGUUAGAAGGUAAUGGGAUCAGUGCAUCUGAUAUCAGAAAGUUAAAACAAGAAGGUUUUCACACUAUUGAAAGUAUUGCAUAUACACCAAAGAGACACUUAAUGACAGUUAAAGGGAUUAGUGAAAACAAAGCUGAAAAGAUCUCUGCUGAAGCUGCCAAGUUGGUUCCUUUGGGUUUUACAACCGCGACUGAGUUCCAUUCACGUCGAUCUGAAUUGAUUUGUUUGACCACUGGUUCCAAACAGUUGGAUACUUUGUUGGGAGGAGGUAUUGAAACUGGUAGUAUUACUGAAGUGUUUGGUGAAUUUAGAACUGGUAAAUCACAGUUGUGUCACACUUUGGCAGUUACGUGUCAGUUGCCUAUAGAUAUGGGAGGUGGUGAAGGCAAAUGUCUUUAUAUUGAUACUGAAGGUACAUUUAGGCCAAAUAGAUUGAUUUCGAUUGCCGAAAGAUACGGUUUGAAUGCUAACGAUUGUUUAGAUAAUGUUGCGUAUGCGCGUGCUUAUAACGCUGAACAUCAGUUGAAUUUAUUAAACAUUGCUGCUCAGAUGAUGGCGGAAUCUAGAUUUUCCUUAUUGAUUGUCGAUAGUAUCAUGUCAUUAUAUCGUACUGAUUAUGCAGGAAGAGGAGAGUUGAGUGCAAGACAGACUCAUGUUGCACGUUUCAUGAGAACUUUGCAAAGAUUAGCCGAUGAAUUUGGUAUUGCUGUUGUCAUUACAAAUCAAGUUGUUGCUCAAGUCGAUGGUAUGGCAGGUAUGUUUAAUCCCGAUCCAAAGAAACCAAUUGGUGGGAAUAUUAUUGCACACGCGUCAACUACUAGAUUAUCCUUGAAGAAAGGUAGAGCAGAAACGAGAAUUUGUAAGAUUUAUGAUAGUCCUUGUUUACCAGAAAGUGAAUGUGUGUUUGCUAUUUACGAGGAUGGUAUUGGUGACCCAAGAGUUGAAGAAGAUGAUUAA